AUGACCGAGACAAAGGGUUCACUACUUUUAGCAUGGCAGGUGAAGGAUAAACACUGUCUUGUAAUUGGAGCGGGUGAUGUUGCACUUUCCAGGAUACACCAUUUGAUCAUAGCACAGGCAAAAGUAACAGUGGUAACCGGCAUAUCCAAAGAUGUACAUCCGGAGAUACUAGAUCUCAAUGCACAGGGCAAAAUUCACAAAUUGAUUCAAAGGAAUUACCAAAGUGAAGAUUUGCAAAUGUAUGAGACGGCCAGUACACAGUUGGAUUACACAAAACUUGUUUUAGACGAUUUCAAAGAGGUUGCAAAUCUUGUUAAUGAAUCAUUUGCAUGCGUGUGUUGCUGCAUCGAUGACUACGCUUUAAGUACGAAGAUCUAUUAUCAAUGCAAGCUUCUUCGGUUGCCCGUGAAUAUAGCAGAUAAGCCUCCAUUGUGUGAUUUUUAUUUUGGAAGCAUGAUAAACCAGGAUAAUCUACAAAUUAUGAUUAGUACAAACGGGAAAUCCCCAAGACUAUCAAAACUCAUAAAGGACAAUAUUGCUAGACAGUUCUCUGGCGUGGAUGUCAAUAAAGCCAUUGAAAAUUUAGGGUUAAUAAGAUCGAGGCUUAGAGAAUUAAUUUUAAUAGACGAUGAUUUGGUCACUAUUGAUGCACGAAUGUCUUGGAUAAAGGAACUCACUGAUUUUUACACAAUCAAACAAUGGAGCAGUAUCACGCUAACAUCAGAAAAUACAGACUCACCAUAUGAAAAAGUUGACAAGAUAGUAAAGUGUUUCCCGGAAUAUCCUCCUUGUGAUUUUGUUGAUUUUGUAAAAUUCAUAGAUACAUAA